UUGAGGCAUGCUUGAGUGUUGACUGGUAGGCUUCAGGGCGGGGAGGUUCUUGGUCGUGAGGGUAUGCUGAAUGAGGGAUAAUCAAACAUUUUUGACUGCAUGCGACAAGUCUUAUUUAAGUCAAGUUUAUCGUUUGUGAUAAUAUUUCCUCGAAUCACUGUCUCCAAUCCAAGUGAAUUUGCACAGCCGUUGAAACACAGUACACAAGCCGGAAGGAUUGUACUCGCUGGCCUAGCUUCCACUGAAUAAUUUGGUGAACGAACAUAAGAAACAAAGAUGCCGAAAGCAAUCAAUGUCCGAGUCACCACUAUGGACGCAGAGCUGGAAUUUGCUAUUCAGCAAAACACCACUGGAAAGCAGCUCUUUGACCAGGUGGUUAAAACCAUUGGCCUUAGAGAGAUAUGGUUUUUUGGCCUCCAAUACACUGAUCUCAAAGGCUAUGUCACUUGGUUGAAAUUAAAUAAAAAAGUUACACAGCAAGAUGUUAAAAAAGAUACCACAUUGCAGUUCAAAUUUAGGGCUAAAUUCUUUCCAGAGGAUGUUAGCGAAGAACUUAUCCAAGACAUCACCCAGAAACUAUUCUUCUUGCAAGUGAAAGAUGGUAUCCUCACAGGUGAUGUCUAUUGCCCACCAGAAACUUCUGUUCUGCUUUCCUCUUAUGCAAUGCAAGCAAAGUAUGGCGAUUUUGAUAAGAAGGCUCACCAACCAGGCUUCCUAGCGAACGAUCGGCUUCUUCCACAGAGGGUUGUUGAUCAGCAUCAGUUGACGAAAGUGCAAUGGGAAGAACGAAUUAUGCUUUGGUGGGGAGAGCAUACAGACAUGACCAGGGAAGAUGCAAUGCUAGAGUAUCUGAAAAUAGGCCAGGACUUGGAGAUGUAUGGUGUCAACUACUUUGAAAUAAAAAAUAAGAAAGGAACGCAGUUAUGGCUCGGCGUCGAUGCACUUGGCUUGAAUAUCUAUGAACAAAAUGACAAACUUACUCCAAAAAUUGGUUUCCCUUGGAGUGAAAUCCGCAACAUUUCGUUCAACGACAAGAAAUUCGUCAUUAAACCAAUCGACAAAAAAGCACCGGACUUUGUUUUCACCGUGCAAAGACUGCGAAUCAACAAGCGAAUUUUGGCCUUGUGUAUGGGCAACCACGAGCUGUACAUGAGAAGGCGCAAACCAGACACGAUUGAGGUGCAGCAAAUGAAAGCCCAGGCAAAAGAAGAGCGAUUGAAUAAGCAAGCAGAGAGGCAACGAUUGAAGCAGGAACAGGAAGCGAGGGCAAAGGCUGAGUUGCAGAGACUGGAUCUUGAGGCAAAGCUUAAAAAAUAUGAAGAGGAUGCAUUAAAAGCCCAGGAAGCUUUAAAGAAAUCUGAAGCUGCUGUUUCGGAAUUGGAAGAAAAGAGGAAGCUGGCUGAAGAAGAGGCUGUAACUAUUAUCAAAGCGAAACAAGAAGCAGAGGAAAAGAGGAGAGAGGUGGAGGAGCUUGCGAAGAAAAAUGAAUUGGAGAAGGAACAAAUGGCUGCAAAAGUCAAAGAAGCUGAAGAUGCAGCAAAGAAAAUUGAAGAAUUAGCCGAAGAAAAGAGAAAAGAAAAGGAGAGACUGGAACUUGAGCUUGAGGAGACACGAAAACGUGAAGGUGAAAACCAACAACGCAUUGCAGAGCAACAGAAGGCUGUAGAGGAAGCGGCCAGAAUUGCAGAAGAAGAGAAAAGGAGGGCUGAUGAGGCGGCAGCAAAGGAAGCUGAAGCUAAAGCAGCCGCGGAAGCAGCCGCAGCACAGGCCCUCGCUGCACAAGCAGAGGCCAGAGCCGCUGCAGAGUCGGCUGCUGCUCAAGCUGCCGCUGCCCAGGCAGAGGCAGAAGUCUUGAGGGCACAAGCCGCCGCCGCUGCGGCCGCUGUAGCAGCUCCUCAAGUCGUAGUGACUUCGGAGGAGAAUGAUAAAGACGAUGACAAAGAGGACGAGUCACAUGACCUUGAAGUGAACGAAGAUGCCGCACAGACGGAGCUAGACAUGGAGUCACAGGUCGACAAAAACAGGAGAAUGAGAGACAAGUUGUUGCAACUUGGUAGUGAGCUGACAGCUUCAAGGGACGACACGCGAAAGACCCGCGAGGACGAAUUACAUCAAGAAAACAUCUUAGCCGGCAGAGACAAGUACAAAACCCUUCGCCAGAUUCGCCAAGGAAACACAAAAUCUCGUAUCGAUGAAUUCGAAUCUUUGUAAAUGCAUCCCAGACCAUCGUAGUACAAUCCCGUGAAACAGUCAAAACAGAAUUCGGUUUUCUAAUUUUCUAUCGAUUUUGUUGAUUAUCAUUAAUAUUAGCGCCAGUUGCUGUUGUAAUUAAAAAGAAUUUAUUGAAAGAUUAUAUGCAUGAGA